GGCAGAGCCUUUCAGGAUGGAGGACCCUUGUACGGAGCUGACCGUGUCUGAGUCGGACACUCUGGGUGCAGACUUCAUUACCGUGGAGCUCGAUACACAGCCCAUCGAGUAUGUGGUGAAGUGGGCCGAGGUGGGCUCAAAGUUCACCAUUUCCUGCGUGAAGAAAGAAUCUGACGAGUCUGUAGACCUGACUGCUGACCAGCUGAAGAUCGAGUCCGACGAGGUCUUCUUUGCUCCCUAUGAGGAAGUGUACCCCUGUGAGGUGACAGAGCAGAGCGUGGAGAUCAAAACAGACUCUGACGAAGAGGAUGAGUACGCCGAGGAGGAGCAGGAGGCUCUGGUGGAGGCGGGGAGCAGCCAGCUGGACUGUGAGGCCGAUUAUGAUCAGGAUGACUACGAGCGAGAUGAGCGGCAGUUCCGCUGCAGUUAUUGUGGGAAGUGUUACAGCCACGCCUCUAGUCUGUACCGCCACCAUCAGACGCACACCGGAAAAAAUGGAGCACUGCUCGCCAAGAGGACGUUGGAGCCAGCACAUCAGGACGCACGCCACAUCUGUCCACACUGUGGCCUGAGCUUCAAAGGCAGCAGAAUGCUGGGGAGCCACCUGAGGCUGCAUGGGAAGCGACGCAUCCACCCCUGCAACAUCUGUGGGAAAGAGUUCAACCACAGUUCCAGCCUGUCGCGCCAUCGCCUCAUCCACAAGAAGGGACAAGGCGUAUCCAAAGAUGCCACCCUAGGGGCCAAUGUGGCCACCCUGCGCCACUCGCUGAAGAUCGGCACCAAGAACAAGAAGACUAAGAGGCAGCAGCAUCAGCACCAUGUGGCCACAGCCAUCAUUCAGAGUACCGAUAAGUUUUAUGCCUGCCCGCAGUGCGACAUGAGCUUCAGGACGUCCACGCAGCUGUCCAAACAUCAGGUGAGCCACGUCAAGGAGCUGCUGGACAGCUACACGCCCGGCAAGGAGAACCUGGGCGAAACCUCCUCCGACCUCAAGAUCUGCCUGAAGCUUUGUUCUCGUGACAAACCUAACUUCUACACCCUCUGCAAGAAGAACCGCCGUCGCCGCGGAGGCCACCUCAGCAAACGAGGCGCCGCCUCUUCCGAGGACGACGCUGAAGGAAGUCCGGAAGCUGGGCUCCACGGCUGCAGCCAGUGUGGGAAACGCUUUAGCCACGCCUCCAGCCUGGCUCGGCACCAGCAGGUUCAUAGGGUGACAGACAGCGCCAGCCACGUGAAGGUCGAACACCCUGCCUGCAAGAACAAGACGUACACGUGCAUGGCGUGCAACAAGACCUUCAUGCAUUCGUCUAGCUUCUCGCGCCACAAGAAAGCUCACCUGGAGAAUGAGCAGCGGGCCCGUGCUGCCGCCGCCACGCUCCAAAACCAGCCUGAGGUGGAUGAGACCGCUCCACUUGAAUCCGACUCUGAGUAACACCGCACAGCUCUGAACUGAGGUUAUUAAGUGGUCCUGGAUUUGUUCUGGGUUGGUUCUGGAUCAGAGCGGACUCAUUUUGGACUCGUCGGAUGAGUUCUGCAAAAGUUCACAUUUACACUUUGGACCCGUUGGAGUUUCUGGUUGUUCAGUUUUCAGGAACUGGUUGAUUCCUCACUGUGUAGAUAAAAACAGGACAACCUUAUAAGGUCGUAUGUUU